CUAUGUCUUUGAAGUCACAGAAGACUGUUUUAGUCACGGUGGUAGAGCAUUGUCCUGCCAAUCAUGAUGAAUGGAAAAUCGCAUCUGAUAGAAAAAAAUGUCAGGAAAUAUCUGACAUAAUAUUUGAUGAAGAAAGUCCUGUGUACCAUUGUGUUCCAAGUUAUAAUACAAAGAAAUUUUAUGAAUUGUGUGCCGGAGUCCGACAUAUCGCUUUUGGUUACUGUGUAGAGUAUAAUAUCUUUUCCAAGAAGGUGCAGGAGAAAAAUGAAAAAAGAUGUUUAAACUUUACAGAUCAUCCAUGUCCAAUGUACUAUCCGUCCAACGAAAUAUAUAAAUACAGGGGGUGUUAUGAAUUUGGGAAAAUAAUACAAGCAGAUAAUGAUCAUAAAAUGACCACCCGAAAGGAUCGGAUAAAAGACACAAUACAAGAAACUACAUGGGAAUAUGAAGAAAAAAGGCUAGUGGGAAAUGAGGUCAAGGUGACAAUUUUUGUGGCAACGGUCUUAACUAUGGUUUUUGUUUUAGCAUUGGCUAUCAUUUUACUAAGAAAGAAAUGCGCAAAAAGAGGUAGCGUAAAUGAAUCCAUUGACGAAGAAAGCAGUCUUUUGAAGACAAAAGUCAUUAAUGGAUACAAGUAUGUAAAUGUACCUCUACGAAGUGUAAAUGACAGCUAG